UGCAUUCUGAGAAAAAUACAGUUACCUGUUCGAACGGUACCUAAUAAUUCGAACAAGAAAUAAUUGUAACCACAGAACAAGAUUUAAGCGUCGGAAUGGGAGAAGCUGAAGUGGAUCGUUUUUUAAUCGAUCAGAAGCGUAAAUGCGAUCAGGAAAAUUUUUCUCGAGAAGGUAUAUCCAUCUUUGGCGACAUGAUGUCGAAGGCCGUCGGAAUCAGCUUAUCCAGAGACACUGAUGAAGAUAGAUUGGAGAAAUAUCGCGGCGUCACCGAAGCGGGAGUGGUCAUUGACGAAGGUAAUAGAACACAAAUUCGUCAAUGCCCACCAUCCUUCGACGGUCUGUUGUGCUGGUCGUAUACCGAGGCACCAGGAACAGCCACCCUGCCCUGUCCACCAGCCUCGAUUAUGGGAUACUCUAAUCUGACGAGCGACAACUUGAGAGCCCUAGCGGUGGCCAGCAAGGUCUGCUUGGCGAAUGGCGAGUGGUAUCAAAAUUCAGAUGGCAUCUUCUGGAGCAACUACAGUCUGUGCGUGCUGAACAGCACGCGUUACAUGAUCGACGGAAUCGAGAAGCUGAAUUAUUCGCGGUGGUACGAAGCGCCAGCCGAAUUUUCAUUGCUAAACAAAUGGCUACCCAUCAUCAGAAUGGUAUCGCAAAUUGGAUAUGCUACUUCGUUUGCCACAUUAAUCAUUGCUAUGGUGGUCUUUUCUUUACUCAGAAAACUACGGAAUCCCAGAAAUAGACUGCACAUGCACCUAUUCGCGUCCUUCAUCAUGAGAGCUUUCAUGGCACUCCUUAAGGAUUGGAGUUUUAUAGACGGCAUUGGAUUGGCCUGGGAUGUCGUUUUUGUUGAUGGAAAGGCUGCUUUUAUCAGGGAACGUAAUAGUUGGAUCUGUAAGAUUAUUACGAGUUUAUGGCAAUAUUUUAUCAUGGCGAACUACUCGUGGAUUUUAAUGGAAGGAUUGUAUUUGCACAACCUGGUUUUCCUACCGCUAUGUACCGAUACCAGCACAAUAACUCUGUACAUUUUGCUAGGAUGGGGUCUUCCUAUCUUGGUAGUAGUGCCAUGGAUCGUAAUACGCGCGACUAUCGAGGACACUCUCUGUUGGACCACUCAUGAAAAUCCUUCGUUGUUUCUUAUCAUAAGAAUACCAAUUAUCAUAUCUAUUUCGUUCAAUUUCCUGCUCUUUCUCAACAUCGUUCGCGUCCUGCUUGUGAAACUAAAAACUUCAGUACACCUACAGCGAAAAAAGAUGAAAUACAAGAGGUGGGCUAAAUCAACUCUGGUCCUAGUGCCACUCUUUGGAGUACACUAUACCUUUUUCUUGGGAUUAUCUUACCAUAAGGAUUACCGAGUAGAGCUCGUAUGGCUCUUUUGCGAUCAGCUGUUUGCGUCCUUCCAGGGCGCUUUCGUGGCUUUACUUUAUUGUCUGCUAAAUGGCGAAGUCAGAGCAGAAGUGCGACGAGCAUGGAAGGCACGACGAUCAAAAAAGGAGGUUGAUUCCUUCAUCUCUGGACAUCGUGAAUUAACAAGAAAUUCGAAGGAUGGAAUCAAUCGAAAGCGGCAUCGAUCGGAGAGCGACAAUGGUCCUAAUUUCGUGAUUACAGCCAUGAAAAGAUUAUCGAUAAAAGACAUCAAAUAGAUUCAAUCAGUCGACUUUAACGUCGAAUGAGUUAUAUUUAUAUAUAAUCUAUUUAAAUAUUUAAACACUACACACACACACACACACACACAC